AAAUAACACACAAGACUCAGAUUAUGAUGAUCUGAAAAACGAAACUAGAAUCAGAUAACAUGAAGUUUUAUAAUCCACUCUAUCAUAUAGUGUUUAAACACUUUUUGUUUUGAUUAAAAUAAAUUCAUCAAAAUGAAGGAAACAACGACAGGAGGAAAUACACCUACGCUUAUGAUAAGUGGUAGAAUGAGAAUUGAAUAUGUUAGUUGUUGUUGUUGUUGUUGUUGUUGUGGUUAUUAUUGAUAUUAUUUCUUAUUUCAUAUAAAAUAAUCAUUUAUUAGUGGAUACAUUGAAAUACAGUCUUUUUAUUUCCCUGUUUAUUCCAUUCAUUUGUCAAUUGUUGUUCGCUUGUGUUGUUCUCAGUGAUGAUGAUGGUGGUGGUGGUAGUAGUGGUAAAGUGAUGGUCAUGUUUCUUGUUCGUAGAUCAAAUAUUUAUGUCUUUACUCCCACCCCUGUAAACACAAAUAAAAACUAGAUAUAUAAGUACAUCAAUCUAUCUCUCUCUUUAUAUAUAUAUAUAUACCUAUUACUUUAAAAUCUUUUACAAAAUUGCCCCUUUUUUGCCAUUGUGAACAAAUAGUCUUAAGAAAGAUUGUCAAUAUAGUUUAUUUGCAGUCUUAAACCUCAAUGGGAAGAUACAAGCAAAACAAUAUCAAGUGAAUGUAAAUUAAUUCACCCCAUUGCACAAGCAAGUGGCUAUCAGGACACAGUAGCUGAGUGGAUAACGUGAUGGCGUUUGAAGCGAAUGGUACUGGGUUCGAGUCCCAGAGUGAACGUCAACUCAUGCAGGUACAUCCAGCUGAUUCAUAUCAACUAAUGAAUACGUUUACAUUACAAAAAUCAUCUUUUGUUAUUUUAACAACUUUCUAUUUAUCACUACCAUGGAUAAUAUCCAUAGUGAAUACGUUGCCAACAACAAAUAAUAACGAUCCAAAUAUUUUGUAUCGUUUAACACCAUCAUCAUCAUCAGCAGCAGCAGGAGCAGCAGCAUCAUUAUCACAUCAAAAUGGAGGAGGAGAAAGAAUUUAUCUACCGGAAGAACUUCUUGCACAACUAUCAAGUGAACCAUAUAUCAAUUCAUUGUAUUUACCAAAACGUGCUGCUUACAUGGAUUUACCAUGGGGUAAACGUGCUUUAGCUAAACGUGCAGCUUAUAUUGAUUUACCAUGGGGUUAAUUGUGAAAUUGACUUACCAUUUAUAUCCAAUUACAUACAUAUAUACUUUAAUAAUGCAUACUAAAAUAUUCAUUGAGAACAAUCUAUCCAUCAGUCAUUAUAACUAAUCAUUGAUAGACUAAAGGUGAAAUGUGAGAUUAUUGGAAAAUUAAAACUGUCGUUUUAAAAAUCGAUAUUUCAUAAUUUGUUUGUUCUAUGAAAACUUUAUACUUUCAACAGCAACAAAAAAGAAUCUACUGAAACAAUCUUUCCUAGUGUUCAUUUUAAACAAUGAAUUAGUUCUUCAAUCAAAUAAUUAUUAUGUCCUUUAUCUGCC